CUGUGUCAGCCGCUUAUCCGCCAUUCCAGGAAGCCGUCCCGUCUCCCCCCUCCCUUUCUCCAUAGAAAACCAAAGAGAGGGUGAAACUUGUAGCUGCCGAAGUUGCGGAGCCGAAACCACGAGCUGAAGCUUGAGGACGUACAGGGUUUUCAAACUUUUGACUAAACCACUGAAUUCCUCGGACACCAUUCCACCAUUUUGAAACGCUAAUUUACACCCAACUUCCCAAGUGGAUACUCUUGUUUUGAAAGUCCGCAAACAUGAGUACUAUUAACACGCCCAACAUCACCUUCAAAUGGGACCCCAAGAGUCUGGAAAUCCGGACUCUGGCUGUGGAACGUCUGCUGGAGCCAUUGGUGACCCAGGUCACGACCUUGGUAAACUCCAGCAACAAGGGACCAUCUAACAAGAAGAAGGGCCGUUCGAAGAAGGCCCACGUGCUGGCCGCCUCUGUGGAGACCGCCACACUGAAUUUCCUGGAGAAAGGAGACAAGAUCGCCAAGGAGAGCCAGUUUCUGAAAGACGAGCUCACCGCCGCUGUGGAGGAUGUCCGCAAGCAAGGAGAGUCCAUGAAGCAGGCGUCUGGAGAGUUCGCCGAGGACCCGUGCUCGUCGAUGAAGCGGGGCAACAUGGUGCGGGCGGCUCGCGCCCUCCUCUCGGCCGUCACCCACCUGCUGGUGCUGGCAGACAUGGCCGACGUCUACCGCCUCCUGAUGCAGCUCAAGCUGGUGGAGGAGAAUAUCGCUAAGGUGCGUAACGCCGGGACUGAGCAGGAACUUGGCAUCCAGUACAAGGCCCUGAAGCCAGAGGUGGACAAACUCAAUCUGAUGGCAGCCAAGAGGCAGCAGGAGCUGAAGGACGUGCAGCACAAGGACCAGAUGGCGGCGGCGCGCGGCGUGCUGCAGAGGAACGUGCCCAUGCUCUACACGGCCUCCGUCGCCUGCCUGCAGCACCCGGACGUGGCGGCCUACAAGGCCAACCGCGACCUCAUCUACAAGCAGCUGCAGCACGCCGUCACCGGCAUCUCCAACGCCGCGCAGGCCACCGCCAGCGAGGACUCCGCGCUCGGCCACACCGCCGGCGGCGGGGAGCUCGCGUACGCACUCAACAACUUUGACAAGCAGAUCAUCGUGGACCCGCUGAGCUUCAGCGAGGAGCGCUUCCGCCCCUCUCUGGAGGAGCGUCUGGAGAGCAUCAUCAGUGGCGCCGCCCUCAUGGCCGACUCUUCCUGCACGCGUGACGACCGCCGCGAGCGCAUCGUGGCCGAGUGCAACUCUGUGCGCCAGGCUCUGCAGGACUUGCUCUCCGAGUACAUGGGCAACGCUGGGCGGAAGGACAAGAGUGAUGCCCUGAACACGGCCAUCGACAGGAUGACAAAGAAGACCCGUGACCUGCGCAGACAGCUGAGAAAGGCGGUCAUGGACCACGUGUCCGACUCCUUCCUGGAGACCAACGUGCCGCUCCUGGUCCUCAUCGAGGCGGCCAAGAACGGCAACGAGAAGGAAGUGAAGGAGUAUGCCCAAGUGUUCCGUGAGCACGCCAACAAGCUCAUUGAGGUGGCCAACCUGGCAUGUUCCAUCUCCAAUAAUGAGGAGGGAGUGAAGCUGGUCCGCAUGGCCGCAUCGCAGCUGGAGACCCUCUGCCCCCAGGUGAUUAAUGCAGCACUGGCCCUGGCUGCCAAGCCCAACAGCAAGGUGGCCCAGGAUAACAUGGACCUCUUUAAAGAGCAGUGGGAGAAGCAAGUGCGCGUGCUCACCGACGCCGUGGACGACAUCACCUCCAUCGACGACUUCCUCAGUGUCUCAGAGAACCACAUCUUGGAGGACGUGAACAAGUGCGUGAUCGCGCUGCAGGAGAAGGACGUGGACGGGCUGGACCGCACCGCCGGCGCCAUCCGAGGCCGCGCCGCCCGCGUCGUGCACGUGGUCACCUCGGAGAUGGACAACUACGAGCCGGGCGUGUACACCGAGAAGGUUCUGGAAGCCACCAAGCUGCUGACGGACACCGUGAUGCCUCGUUUCACCGAGCAAGUGGAGGCGGCCGUGGAAGCCCUGAGCGCCAACCCGACCCUGCCGGUGGACGAGAACGAGUUCAUCGACGCCUCGCGCUUGGUCUACGACGGCGUGCGUGACAUCAGGAAGGCUGUCCUCAUGAUCAGGACCCCCGAGGAGCUGGACGACUCGGACUUUGAGACGGAGGACUUUGAUACGCACAGCAGGACCAGCAGGCAGACGGACGACGACCAGCUCAUUGCCGGCCAGAGCGCCAGGGCCAUCAUGGCACAGCUGCCUCAGGAGCAGAAAGCCAAGAUCGCCGAGCAGGUGGCCAGCUUCCAGGAGGAGAAGAGCAAGCUGGAUGCCGAGGUGUCCAAGUGGGACGACAGCGGCAACGACAUCAUCGUGCUGGCCAAGCAGAUGUGCAUGAUCAUGAUGGAGAUGACCGACUUCACCAGGGGGAAGGGCCCGCUGAAGAACACCUCGGAUGUGAUCAGCGCCGCAAAGAAGAUCGCCGAGGCCGGCUCCAGAAUGGACAAGUUGGGCCGUACCAUUGCCGACCAAUGUCCAGACUCUACUUGCAAGCAGGACCUGCUGGCCUACCUACAGCGCAUCGCCCUCUACUGCCACCAGCUUAACAUCUGCAGCAAGGUCAAGGCUGAGGUGCAGAACCUGGGAGGAGAGCUCGUGGUCUCUGGGCUGGACAGCGCCAUGUCCCUGAUCCAGGCGGCCAAGAACCUGAUGAACAGCGUGGUGUCGACGGUCAAGGCGUCCUACGUGGCCUCCACCAAGUACCAGCGGCAGCAGGGCAUGCAGAACCUCAACAUGCCCGCCGUCUCCUGGAAGAUGAAAGCCCCCGAGAAGAAGCCCCUGGUCAAGCGCGAGAAGGAGGACAACCAGACCAACAAGGUGCGCCGCUCCUCGCACAAGAAGCACAUCAACCCCGUGCAGGCCCUCAGCGAGUUCAAAGCCAUGGAUAGCAUCUAAGGGUGGAGGUAAAAAAAGAAUAAUUAAAAAAAAAAGAGGGAGCCUGUUAGCUGUGUUAUGAGGGUUAGAAUGGCGUGUGUAUUCACCACUCUUUAAUGUUUGUUGCUCCCAGCGUAGAUGUUGGGAUUUGUUUUGUUUUGAUUUUUUGUUCCUUUUUUUUUUAAUAUAUAUAUAUAGGGGAUGCAUAUAUGCUUUUGAAAGCAUUCAUUUAGCUUAGAAAGUAACAGUUGCUUUUUCCCCUGAAAAUGUGUAUAUUUAUUCACUCUGAAAUCCUUCUGCUAUACUCAAUCUGUAAAUGAAAACUCUCCUCAAUGGAAGCAAUAAGGAAAUGGCAACUGGACUAAGGGCAUUUUAUGGUAUUAAAAGAGGGGAAAGGAGGGUCUUCUUGUACCUUCAGAUCAAGAUUCUUCUUUCAUGCAUCUCUGAGUGUUUUAUAAUCUAGUGUGUGUGUGUGUGCGUAUAAGAAUUAUAUUUGAGGUGCUCUUUUUAUAUUGCCUCUAGAAACUUUAUUUGAUAUGGCACCAUCUAGUCUCUGAUCCAAUUUGUGGUAUUAAAUGUCAUGCCUAUGCAAGCUCUAAGCUGCCUUUUGCGCUCUCCAGCAAUAAUAAGUGUAGUUAUGUUGUAGAGUGUGCGAGGCCUUUUAGGGAACAGGUAUUUCUUUUACUUUGUUUAGCGCUCAGACCAAAGUGCUUUUUUUUCCAUAAUGUUCUCCUCUGAUAUCUAAUUAACUUUUGAUAUAUUCAUACUUGGGUGUGUUUGUUUGAGAUCUAACAUCUUAUUUUAUAACAUGCCAAAAAAAAAGUACAUUAACCACAGGGCUCCGGAUUUGGAAACAUUCUAGUCUGACUAAUCUGUUAAAUCUAAUCUGACUUCAUUUGUCAAGUUAUCUGUAUUUGUUGAUUGCAGUUUAGCUGGUUCACAAUAUAGGUAGCGAACACACAUUCCCGAGUGCUGGAAAAAGAAAACACACUAUUAUCCAGGUUUUUCAUUGUGUUUUGAGGAGUGAAUAAGUGAUUCUCUGUGUGGCAGCAGGAUAUCCCUCUCCCUAACCCCCCUGUUCCUAUGCAUACACAUGGAUACUGUACACCCCCCUAAACUCGAUUCUAAUGCAUUCUUUGACUACAUUAAUCAGCGCUCUUAUCUUGACAAGGGCAUCAUGGGAAGUGUAGUCCUGGAAUCAUGUCCUUCAACGGCCAAGAUUAGCCCAAUAGCCCUAUAGUCAGGACUCCUGUCUUCUACCCGACCCACUUUUUUUUUUUUGCUCUAUUCCCUAAGCAGUCAAGCACCAUUGAACGCAAAUGAGAGCAGCCACCCUACACAUCCUAAACGAUCUGCCAAACCAUGAGAUCAAUAUUCCCUCGUGUCAGUCCCACGGGGUAGACUGGCUGCUUUGUGGCAAUGCUCCAUACUGUAACAGGCAGAUCUAAAACACAUUCCCCUUCUCUGCCGAACACUUUGAUUCCUUUUUCUAGUUUCUAUUUUUUUUUUUUCUAAUGUCAUUCAAGCAUCUCUUUCUUUAAAGAAAUGUAAUUUCUAUGUUCUUUUUGCAAGAUUGUUCCUGUAGGGAUCCCCGCUUGAUUGAGCUGUUCAUAGAAGUGUGGAUUUUCUUUUUCUUUUUUUUUUUUGUAAUGCAAAGUUAAGGAGUUUAGUGUAGCUGGGCCCUCUGAGGCCCAAUGCAGUGGGUGGUGGUGCAGUUGCUGACUUGUUCCCAACAUUCGGACAAGCCAUGCGUGCGUCAUCUGUAUGCACGGAAGUGCACACACCAGAGGCCUUUGAAGCAACGCCACUCAGAAGCCCAGGUCGCUGCCAGAGACCGCAGCCUUCUUUCGGAUGUCUAUAAACAAUUAAGAGGGCAGGUCAGUGGAGAGCCCAGGACAGAUGGUCUGAAGGCUGUUUUUUUGUUUUUGUUUGUUUGUUUGUUAGUUUAUUUUUUGCUUUGUUAUUUUCCUUGUGUUUUUGUGUUCUAUUUGGGAUUUGUUUUUUUUGUUGUUGUUGUCGUCAUUAUUCAAACAUGUCCUGUUUCCUAUUGACUCCUCACAAUCUAUUCUGGAAAUCACUAAGUUCAUUUCUCAUUCAUUUUUUAUUGUUUUUUUUUUUCUUUUUCACUGACUGCUGUGGUGAUCUCAUAAAGAGGCGUACUUGUUGUAGUUUAAGAGCUUUCUGUAAUAGUUUGAUUGGGAUUUGACUAAAUACUGCACACUUUUUACAAUUACAUGUAUUUUCUUUAUGUAAAAAAAAGAAAUAAAAAACACUAAAAUGGAACAAA